UGAAACAGCUCGAUUCAAAUUCUUCAACGGAAGGUUUACUCGACUUUUGACGCGGACGAGGAAUAUGAGGUAAAUCGUACUGUCGCGACAAACGUGAAAUUGUAAGAAUUGUGUCGUAGCGAGAUAUCAUAUUAUCAUAUUUGAAUAGUAUCGUAAGAAAACGUCCAAAAUGAACGAUACACGCAACAGUAAGAAGGAUAAGAAUCAGCACAUACAGGUCUUUGUACGUGUCAGACCAAUAAAUAAUAGUGAGAGAGUAGGGAAAUCAUUAUCCGUACUGGAAUUGCCGUCUAAUAAUAAAGAAGUAGUGGUACGUGAAAGGCCACUAGACAAACAUACAAAAAAGUUUACAUUUGACAAAGUAUUUGGACCAACAUCGAAACAGAUAGAUGUAUACGAUGCAGUCGUUAAUCCAUUGCUUGAAGAAGUUUUGGCUGGAUACAAUUGUACAGUAUUUGCUUAUGGCCAAACUGGAACAGGAAAAACAUUUACUAUGGAAGGUGUUAGCAAUGAUCCAACAUUACAUUGGCAGAGUGACACAUCAGCUGGAAUUAUACCACGUGCAUUAAGUCACUUGUUUGAUGAGUUACGUUUAUUGGAAGUACAAGAAUUCACAGUAAGAGUCAGCUUCCUAGAAUUAUAUAAUGAAGAAUUAUUCGAUUUGUUAUCGCCCAGUGAUGAUGCAUCAAAAAUAAGGCUAUAUGAAGAUGCUACAAGGAAAGGUUCAGUGAUUAUUCAUGGAUUGGAGGAAGUAACUGUGCACAACAAGAAUGAAGUUUACAAGAUCCUUGAGAAAGGAUCAGAAAGAAGACAAACUGCUGCAACUCUGAUGAAUGCUCAAUCGAGUCGCUCCCACACAGUAUUUUCGAUUACUAUUCAUAUAAAAGAGAACAAUAUGGAUGGUGAGGAACUGUUGAAGACAGGGAAAUUAAACUUGGUAGAUUUAGCUGGGAGUGAGAACGUUGGAAGGUCUGGUGCAGUUGAUAGGAGAGCAAGAGAAGCUGGAAACAUUAAUCAGUCCUUACUAACUCUUGGACGAGUUAUAACAGCACUUGUUGAGAGAGCACCUCAUAUACCAUAUCGGGAAUCAAAAUUAACAAGACUUCUGCAAGAAUCGUUAGGUGGACGUACGAAAACGUCAAUCAUUGCAACAGUAUCCCCGGCGAGCAUAAAUCUUGAAGAGACAUUAUCGACAUUGGAUUAUGCUCAUCGAGCCAAAAAUAUCACAAAUCGCCCUGAGAUUAAUCAAAAACUAUCUAAGAAAGCAUUACUUAAAGAGUAUACAGAAGAAAUUGAAAGACUUAGGAGAGAUCUGUUGGCAUCGCGUGAACGAAAUGGUGUAUAUUUAGCACAGGACAAUUAUAAUGAGAUGCAAUCCUUGAUUGAAAAUCAAAGUAAGGAAAUUGAAGAGAAAAUAUCGCACAUUAAAGCACUUAAGGAAGCUAUGGAAGCUAAAGAGCAAAUAUUCAAUGAACUGCAAGAAAAACAUAUGGAGCAAGCUAAUCAACUACAGAACACCGAAGAGUUAUUAGAAACCACCACACACGCUUUGAGUUCAACCACUGUACGUUUACAAAUGACAGAACGUGAAAAAGAAGAACAAUCCCACUUAGUAGAGAAACACAUAUCCACCGAGAAACAACUCUUGUCGCAAGCGCAAGAGCUCUUAACCGUUGCUGAUGUGAUGACAUUCGAUGUAAACAAGCUUCACGAUAAAAUUUCUCAUAAGAGGCAAAUAGAAAAGGAGAAUGAACAUCUCAGUCAUCAAUUUCGAUGUAAUAUUGCAAAACAGUUUCAGGAAGUUGAAAGUAAUGUCUCGCUUUACACACAAGAAUUACAACAAUUUUGUACUCAUAUGAAAAAUGACAUUGGUACACAAAUGAAACUGUACAAAAAAGAUAUAGAUUCGAUGAUAUAUCAUAUGACAAAUGAUAUUGUUGAUAAAGAAAAAUCUGCUUUAGAUUACUUUAUAACAAAUAUGGAUGAGUUGCAUGAAGAUUAUCAGCAACGGUUAAAAACAGAAAUUGAACAUACAUCGAACAUGACUGAUCAUGAAUGUAAAUUUCUGAAUGAUAUAUCCUCGAAGCUAACAUCAAAAAUUAGUGAUUUGAUACAAAAUGAAAUUGCGAAGAACUUACGACUUUUAAGUGAAAAUUUAUUUCAAAAGUUGGACAAACUAUUAACAUAUACAAAUGAAUCGAUAAAUCAGGUUUGUGAUCAUAGAUUGCAAGAACGCGAAAAUUUGUACAAAAAUAUAUCCGAGAUUAAAGAAAAUAUACAGAAGGUUUGUGAAGGUGAUGCUAAGAUCAUGGGAAAACAACAUCAGUUUAAGAAGUCAUUUGAAGACUUGUGGCUACAAUUUAACAAACUAAAUGACGAUAUGACUGAGAAUUAUUCCUCAGCGUGUGCCGUCUUAAGUCAUGUUAAUAUGUGUUGCGACAGUACAAAUAACGAAAUUCUCACUAAUUACGAAAACUCUGUUGAAAGAAACGAGACUAUGCAGCAGAAAAUUCAGAGUGAUAUACAUACGCUUAAAAAUGAUAUUGGAUCUGGCAUGGAAAAGAAUUGGACGUUAGCAGAGGAAAUUGUGACUCGAGGCGAUAGUGCGAUCAAUGAACUUCAAACCGAUUUAACCAACAAUUGUGACAAAAUAAUGAAGAAUAAACUGCAUGUCGAACAAAAUAUGAAACAACUAAAAGAGAAGUUGAAGGAAGAUAAGGCUACUUCCACCGCAUCCAUCAGAAAUAUGUAUAAUGUAUUAUUACAAGGAAGCGACUGUCAUAUGAAGCUUCUGGAGGAUCUAAGAAACCGGAAUACACAGAUAUCCUCGAACAUGAGUGACAAGAUCGGGAUUAAAAAUGAAAGUUUGUCCAAGUGGAAUGACAAGACUGUUACGCAAUUGCACUCGAUACAGCAAAAGGUUGAGAAGUUCCUGCUUGAAGAUGUACGGCACGAUACUCCAACCGGCUUAACACCUGCGAGGAAAGAUUACCAAUAUCCACGUAAUCUUAUUGCAACUUCACCACAUGAACGGAUCAUUCAGAGAUUCAGGGACGCUAGAAGUUAUGUCGACAACUCUGAUGAUGAGGAAACAACAUUGGUCAAUAAUAACUCGCCGAAGAAGCAAUGUCCGAAUGCAAAUUGAACAUUACAUGUGACAAUCGGCUGUAUUUUAUACUUACGGUAAAAGUUAAUUUACGUUAGAUUUACCAUAAGAUAUAAUGAUAUAUCAUGAUGUAGUAAGCGUAUAAAGAAUAAAUGGUUGACUAAAAACUUUUAUCCUAUAAA